UCUCUCCUAUCUCUUUCUGGGCGUUUUGAGCUGGUUUGCUGACCUACCUUCUUAACCGAUCGAGGGCCGAGGGGGUAGGGUAGACGGUAGAGAGGUAGGGUCUGUAAAUAAGAAUCGUUUUGAUCGAAUUCGAAUUUUAGACGUUGUUGAUCUUGUUCUUCUAAUCGGAACUAAUCAAAGCAGGUCUAGGGUUCGUUUUUUUUUUUUUUUUUUUUGUUUCUUCUUUUUUCCGUUAAGAAGAAGAACAGAGGUGAUGAUGAAGAGAGGCAAAUUAGAUAUGUUUGUGGCUCUCGGUCGACAGAGAUCGAUUCAGUUGGUGGUUGGUGCAGGGCUUCUGUACAUUUUAUUGAUGAGUAUAGAAAUCCCAUUAGUUUUCAGGAGCGGCUUCGGUGCCGUAUCACGGGACGGCUUUAAUGGCUUCCUUAACGACGCUUUGCCUCGGCCUCUCAGGCUUGAUAGUGAGGAGGACAUGGAGGAAAGAGAAGCCCCUGUUCGACCUUCCGAGGUGCCUUUUAAGGUUUUUCAGCGUUCUCUUCAGCCGUCUAAGCAGGUAACGGCUGAGGGACAGGUGCGUGAAUACAAGGUUUUGUCAGGUUUGAACUUUCAGGACGGCCCAUUCAAUACUAGCAGUAAAGAUGGGUUCUCUGAGCUUCAAAAAUCCGCUAAGGAUGCUUGGGACGCUGGGAGGAAGCUCUGGGAAGAGCUUGAGUCCGGGAAGGUUCGGGUCGAUGAAGAGUCCAGGGCAGAGAGCAGGUCUGAGUCUUGCAUGCCUUCGAUUGUGAUUUCUGGUUCGGAGUUUCGGGACCAGGGAAACAUUAUGCUUCUUCCGUGCGGGCUGACUCUGGGGUCACACAUAACUGUUGUGGGGAAGCCAUAUCCAGCACACGCCGAGCAGGACCCCAAGAUAUCGCUGUUGAAGGAUGGGGAUCAGUCAGUCAUGGUCUCGCAGUUCAUGAUGGAGUUGCAAGGACUAAAGUCGGUUGAUGGGGAAGACCCACCGAGGAUCCUGCACUUCAAUCCUAGGUUGAAGGGGGACUGGAGUGGCAAGCCUGUCAUCGAGCAGAAUACUUGUUAUAGGAUGCAAUGGGGAUCAGCUCUUAGGUGCGAGGGGUGGAAAUCUAACGCUGAUGAAGAAACUGUUGAUGGACAGGUAAAAUGUGAGAAGUGGCUUCGUGAUGAUGAUAACGGCCUAGAGGAAUCAAAGUCAUCAUGGUGGUUAAACCGGUUAAUUGGCCGAUCAAAGAAGGUCACGAUUGAUUGGCCAUACCCAUUUGCAGAGGGCAAGUUGUUUGUUCUUACACUCAGUGCCGGUUUAGAAGGUUAUCAUGUCAAUGUUGAUGGGAGGCAUGUUACCUCUUUCCCUUACCGCACCGGUUUCGUUCUCGAGGAUGCAACUGGCCUAUCUCUGAAUGGGGAUGUUAAUGUACAUUCCAUAGUUGCUGCUUCCUUACCUACUGCACAUCCUAGCUAUGCCAUGCAGAAGCUUCUCGAGAUGUCUACUAAAUGGAAGGCUCCACCUCUUCCAGAGGGGCCUGUGGAGCUUUUCAUUGGUAUCCUUUCUGCAGGCAAUCAUUUUGCUGAGCGUAUGGCUGUGAGGAAAUCUUGGAUGCAGUCUGAACUGAUCAAGUCUUCAAAUGUUGUGGCCCGCUUCUUUGUAGCACUGCAUGGAAGGAAGAAAGUGAAUGCGGAGUUGAAGAAAGAAGCUGAAUUCUUUGGUGACAUUGUAAUAGUGCCUUUCAUGGAUAGCUAUGACCUUGUUGUGUUGAAGACUGUUGCCAUCUGCGAAUACGGGCUUCGCUCGGUAUCUGCAAAAUACAUUAUGAAGUGUGAUGAUGAUACAUUUGUCAGGGUGGAUGCAGUAAUCAAAGAAGUGAAAAAAAUCCCCAGUGACAGGAGCCUGUAUGUGGGAAACAUGAAUUACUACCACAAGCCCUUGCGAUAUGGUAAAUGGGCAGUGACAUAUGAGGAAUGGCCAGAAGAAGAUUAUCCACCUUAUGCAAAUGGACCAGGCUACGUUGUGUCAUCUGACAUUGCAGACUUCAUUGUCUCUGAGUUUGAGAAACACAAAUUGAGACUGUUCAAAAUGGAAGAUGUGAGCAUGGGGAUGUGGGUGGGGCAGUUCAACAGCUCGAGGACUGUGGAAUAUCAACACGAUUUGAAGUUUUGCCAAUUCGGUUGCAUCGACGAUUACUUAACAGCACAUUAUCAGUCUCCUAGGCAGAUGACCUGCAUGUGGAACAAAUUGCAACAGCAGGGAAGAGCCUUGUGCUGCAACAUGAGAUGACCAUGUUGAUUGUGGAGGUGGCCGGUGAUAAUGCAAAUGGCAUAGAAGUCUGCAACAACGUCAAUGUUGUUUGAUAACAGUGUGGAGAAUCCUAGAGGGAAAAACACAGUAAAUCAAGUUUUGCAGCCAUGGCAUUAUGUGGGUGUAUAGGGAUGGGGGCUGUUCAUGUGCCCCUUCCAACUCAUUCAUUAUUUUCUUGUUCUUUUUUCCUUUUUGAGGCUGGAGGGUGAUGAAGAUGGCAUGUAUUCUCUGUGGGGGCUGCCUCCGAGUUCUGUAACCUAUAGUAAAACAUUAAAGCAGCAAAUGAAAAUUAAUACCUUUUUCUUGU